AUGCCUUACACAUUGCUACCGCAAUCUGUAGCACAUUCAGAGACUCCCCGGAUUGUUUAUAUUUGCAGGAACACCAAGGAUAAUCUAGCAUCAUGGUGGCAUUUCGCGAACAAGUUAAGGUCGAAUAUUUUCUUGGAACCUCUGAAACUGGAAGAUGCAUUUGAGAGGUUUUGCAAAGCGUUGUCUACAUGUGGCCCAAUUUGGGAUCAUGUGUUGGGUUAUUGGAAAGAAAGCUUAGAAAGGCCCCAAAAUGUGUUCUUAUUCAAGUAUGAAGAGCUGCUAGCUGAACCAGCUCUUCACUUGAAAUCAUUGGCAGAGUUUGUGGGGUAUCCCUUCUCCUCAAUGGAAGAGAAGGAAGGGGUGAUUGAUCAAAUAAUAAAUCUCUGCAGUUUCCAAAAUUUAAGCAAUUUAGCAGUGAAUAAAACUGGUGCAAGUUAUCCUGGUAUUUCAAAUAGUAUCUUCUUCAAGGAAGGUAAAGUUGGAGAUUCGGCAAAUUUCCUCACCUCUGAGAUGAUGGAGCAACUUGACCGCAUCACUGAGCAAAAAUUACAGGAUUCGGGUUUGACACUCUGA